AUGGAAGAUGAGAGGGACUGGGGUCCUAAACCUUUCAAAUUCUUAAAUGCCUGGUUAUUGCACUCACAAUUUACAUCUUUUGUGGAGAAUACAUGGAAGGAGUUACAGAUUCAAGGGACUGCUGGGGUCACUCUGCUAAGGAAAUUACAAGCUUUAAAGAUGGUACUAAAACAAUGGAAUAAAGAAGUAUAUGGUAAUACUGCAGCUCAACUAAAAGCAUCAGAAGAUGAACUGAAUGCACUUGAUUUGAGGGCUGAGGUAAGACCUCUGGAGGAUGCUGAAAUCAAACAAAAAAGUGAGGCAAGGAAUGAGAUGUGGAGAUUAAGUAGAAUGCUGGAAUGGGAAUGGCUUCAAAAGUCAAGGCUCGACUGGAAUAUGAAAGGGGAUAGGAACACAAGAUAUUUUCAUGUCAUGGCUACUAGUAGACAAAAUAGAAAUGCCCUCAACUCCAUUGUUGUAGGGGAGGUGGCAAUUGAGGAACCAAAUCCGGUCAAAAUUGAGGUAUGGUCACAUUUUACAAACCAGUUUUCAGAAGAGUGGAGACUUAGACCUGUAAUAGGUAGGGAGUUUAAAAGUGUGAGGCAAAGUGAUUCAUUUCAUAUACUAGAGUCAGAAUUUUCAGUAGAGGAGGUUUGGGAAGCUGUCAAAGACUGUAAUGGCAACAAAGCUCCGGGGCCAGAUGGUUUCAACUUGCUAUUUUUUUUAGAAAUUCUGGAAGGUGCUCAAAGAAGAUAUGAUGCUCUUUUUCGCAGAUUUUCAUGUCAGGGGCAGAUUGGCUAG